CAGCGUGUGAAUAUUGUAUGGAGCGUGCGCUUUUGGUGUUUGAAUCGUAAUAAACGACCAUUGUUUAGAUAAACUACGAAUUAAUAAAUACAAAUAUUUGUGAAUGAUGUGGAUGAUUUAAUGAUGUGAAUAAAACUGUUAAACAGAAUAUGCUAAAUUAAUAAGCUUAAAACAUUAACAAAUCAAUGCUUAGGCAGAGAAAUUAUUUGCUGAAGCUUUCAGAAAUUUUCGACUUUCAAGAAAUGAUUUUCACACAAUGGAGAAUGAUAAAUAAUGGCUGAUCCGUAACUUAAAACGCUCAUUACAAAAUUGUAAUGAUUUUGAUAAUGAUCCAUAUGAGUACUCAUAUGAAUAUGUAUUGAAUUGUGAAAUGACAUAAAAUUAAAAAAUGGAUCCCUUAUUACCAUUCAUAACAUCAAAACGAGAUAAUAUAAACCACCAAACCAAACGGCAAGGAGUGAAUUCUCAACACAUAUGCCAUAAAAUCGAAAAUGAUACAUUUUCCACUAAGUUUAACAACGAAGAUUCAGCUUACGAACUUUUAACUGGACAAAAAAAAAGAUGUUGUGAUCACGAAAUACGUGAGGAAGUCAAAGCCGAAAGCAAUAAUAUUAAUCAUUUUGAGUUAAAUGGGCCUACAAUUCCAGAUUUUGGAGUACAGAUGCCUAAGCACAUAAUAAACAAAACAGCCGUUAACUUAACAACCCAAACAGAAGCAUUGAAAUGUUUUAAUAAUUGCCAAAAUGUUUCUCAGUCCGUGUUGAAGCCAGAAAACUGUUCCAAUACGUCUAUAGUCAAUACAAGCCAUGUUGUCGAUCCUUUGCUUAAAAAUACCUUGGAAAAACAGUCCCUCGAGCAAAGCUCUCGCUUACUGGCAAACAAACAAGAACACUUUUCCAAUGAUAUUCAAAAGUACGCAGUAGAAUCUGUUUCAAACUUAUCUAGAGAAAAGGAUCAUGGCAUAAGUUCGGAAAACGAAACUGAAUCUAUCAAACUUUAUUGUGCCCCACUUCCAGAUAAUAUUGCAUCAAAACUUCAAUCAACUGAAAGCCGUCCGAUCUAUCCAAAUGUUCCGUAUAGCCCGUAUAGUAGUCCUUUUGAUAGUCCUCGAUCCAGUCGCCAACGACCUACAUUUCGGGAAUCUAGAAGAAUAUCAAUCGAAAAAUCUGGAAGCUUUCUUCAAUUAAACCAAUACAAAUUAAUGGAGCAAAUCGGUCAGGGUUCAUACGGACUUGUUAAGUUGGCUUAUUCCGAAGAAGACUCUACACAUUAUGCAAUGAAGAUACUUUCUAAAAAACGGCUCUUACGCCAAGCUGGACUUAUGAGGCGGGGACCCAAGAAAGCAACAUCACCUUUGGAUCGAGUUUACAGAGAAAUAGCAGUUUUAAAAAAACUUGAUCAUCCUAAUGUUGUUAAGUUGGUAGAAGUAUUAGAUGAUCCACUUGAAGAUUCAUUAUAUAUGGUUUUUGAAUUGGUAAAACAAGGCGAAGUUUUAAGAAUUCCAACAGAGAAACCUUUAUCUGAAAAAAAAGCUUUGAGUAUAUUUCGUGAGACUUUACUUGGAUUGGAAUAUUUGCAUUUUCAAAAAAUUAUCCACGCUGACAUUAAACCAGGAAAUUUAUUGUUAACUGAAUCUGGGCAUGUCAAAAUAGCUGAUCUAGGUGUUUGUAACGAAUUUUUCGGAGAAGAUGCCAAUAUAAGCAAUGAAUCGACAAGCGGAACUCCAGCCUUCAGAGCACCCGAAACUCUUAUAUUGGGACAAACCAAAUAUUGUGGAAAAGCAGCAGAUGUGUGGUCACUAGGUGCAACUCUAUAUUCUUUGGUUUUUGGAAAUGUACCGUUUUUAGCAAAUUCGGUGCCGUUAUUGUAUGAUAAAAUAAAACGGGAUUCUGUAGUAUUUCCAGAACACUAUUUAGUUUCUGAAAAUUUGAAAAGCUGCAUAACUCAAAUGUUGGAAAAGGAUGCCAUGCACAGGAUUACAGUUCCCCAAUUAAAGACGAAUAAAUGGGUUACCUCUGGUUCCCAAUAUUCUUUGCCGACAGAAGAGGAAAAUUGUAUGUUGGUACAAGUAGACGAUAAAGACAUGCGCUCCGUCAUACACAGCAUUCCAAAAUUGGACACACUAAUACUAAUUAAAACAAUGUUGAAAAAACACUCUUUUGGAAACCCUUUUGUAAAGGGAUCUGCGGUAAUAUUUUCAGGACCAAACGAAUCGCGGAUUUCGUUUGUCCGCGCAGGUCGAUCUAAUUCAGCACCUGCUUCCUGUCACAUGCUUACAGAUAGGCAACCUUCGGCUGAUGCUCUGCUUCCAUCCCUUACGGAACAUUGUCCAGACCAAUCUAACGAAGAUAAAUAUAAUAAUAUUAAUUGACCUAAAUGUUAUUAAUUAAAAUGUGAUUAAACUUUUGUAUUACUUUG